UAUUUGGAGGUCAGGCAUGAGGUAUAAAAUAACUUUUGUCAGGCACUAACAGAAUUAAUUUGUUACAUGCAAGUUGUGCAGUAAGUUGCCAAUAAUAGCAAAAUGGCAACAGCUCAAGAUUCUUUGGCGUUUAUCAUUCUGGUACUUUCAGUCUCAUCCAUUUCCGGGCAAGAUCUCAAAGUUUGGUAUAAUUGCACUCUUCCCAACCAGUAUGCAUUAACAUUUGAUGAUGGCCCACACCCCACUCAAACUGCACAAGUUUUGGAUCUCCUCCUAUCCUACAAUGUCACCGCUACCUUUUUCCUCAUUGGGGUUGGAAUUUGGGAAGCAGAUUACGAAAGAUAUCAACAAUCUGUCCGGAGAGCCUAUAGAGAAGGUCAUCAAAUCGGGAAUCACGGCUGGUCUCACCCCGACAUGCGGAACAUUACUGAGGACGAGAUACGCUCCGAACUUUCUGGCGUGGAGACCUUGAUUUAUGGCACGAUCGGCGUCCGUCCCACCAUCUUCCGACCACCGUACGGCGAAUAUAACCAGAAACUGGUUCGGGUCGCGAAGGAGGAAUUUAACUAUGAAGUCAUCAUGUGGAAUAUCGACACUUGGGACUGGUCACACCCGGGCGACACCGAGGCCGGGAUGGAAGAAUACUAUUCUGCCAUCAACUCGACUCUGCAUCAUAAUUAUAUCGCACUUCAUCACGACGUUCAAGGAGGUGCAGUGAAUUUGGCUGCGACUGCAAUUGAAUUCAUGGUGGGGCAAGGGUUUGAGCUGGUAACAAUGUCAGAAUGUAUUGGGGUUCCGAUGUAUCAAUAAAAUGACGACUAAAUAGAGGCAAAUUGAGACGAGAUUGAAUUUAUGACGUUAUGUCAAUGUCCUUAAUUUUUAUGCAUUUACGAACUCAAUGAUCCGAGCUUAUGAUGUAGAGCAUUUACGUAACUUUUUGAUAAGCCGUUUCAAUGUCCAAGAUGAGUUCUCUUGCACGUACACGAGUGGCUUAUCGGACCGAAUUAUCUGGAAAAUCCAACUUUUCAAUUAAGAGUUAUCAUUACUUGAAAUCGUGUGACCAAAUGCUCAAAUUGAUCACACCAGUCUCCGACCUCGACAAUUGUUCUCCAUUUCCUCAUCUUCCCCAAAAAGUCAAACCACCCCCUUUUACAUAAAAUGAGAGGAUUUUCUAUCAUUUUCGUCGCCCUGAUGGCGACAGCGACUGUCUACGGGGCGGACUAUGGGGAAUUGUGCAACGGUCUCUUACUGCAAUGUAAUCGUUACUCAGAAACGGUACUUUGCAUGUCUCGUACUCGAAACGAGACGGUAGGCGGGGAGGUGUGCCAAGUGGGCGUCGAUGUCGACCUGGGUCGUUGUCAAUGCAGGAGGAACUGUGGGUCCGGCGGUGUAUACAUUUUGGACGGAGAAUUCGAUACCACUCGACAAAAGUGUGUCGGAUUUGUGGAAAAAUCUUGCCAGGUUUAUCCGGACUGUACUGCAAACGCAUAUUGCGAACCAGUUCUCCGAGUCUGUAAAUGUUCUUCAGGAUUUUCCCCAACUCCAGACGGUCUUCGUUGCGCUUAAAGACUUAAUCAUGAAACAAUGUAUGCAUUCUUAUCAAGUGUAAUUAAAAGUCAAAAAUGUCAAGU